AUGCAGGGGGCGCCAGGAGCUCAUUUAGGAAGCCGGACCCCGCCCGCAGCCGCAGAAGCCUCGAGUCCACAUCUGGACUCGGGGCCCCGCGUCUGCCACGCCGUGGACUUCGCGAGGCGCGGGGAACCAACCCGUCCCUCCUCCCUGCCCGGGAGCCGCAGACACUCUGCUCCCACCGCCCACGUCGUCGUCCCCGCCAUCCCCUGGUCCCUGCCCGCCGCGAGGCCCUGCCCCUCCGGAGCAUCUCGCCUGAGCCCUACAGAAACACCUCGUGGGGAGCACCCACCCUGGGGUCCGCGACUCCUCUCCUUUAUCCCGAGUCCGCGGGCGCUGCCGGGAAACAGAAUUCUCUUGGGGAUCUGCUGUGAUGGGCAAAUUCCAUUCAAGGCUUUACUUACAAAGAAGGGCGAGAGUCGAAUGAUCUUGGAUGCCUUUGCCCAACAGUGCAGUCGAGUUCUUAGCCUCUUAAAUUGUGGAGGAAAACUCCUGGACUCCAACCAUUCUCAGUCCAUGAUUUCUUGCGUAAAGCAAGAAGGCUCAAGUUACAACGAAAGACAGGAGCACUGUCACAUUGGGAAGGGGGUCCACAGUCAGACCUCAGACAAUGUAGACAUAGAGAUGCAAUAUAUGCAAAGAAAACAACAAACUUCUGCCUUUUUGAGGGUUUUCACUGAUUCUCUACAAAAUUACCUGCUCUCGGGGAGCUUUCCGACUCCAAACCCCUCGUCAGCCAGUGAAUAUGGCCACCUGGCCGAUGUGGAUCCUCUGUCAACCUCUCCUGUGCAUACAUUAGGUGGCUGGACUUCCCCAGCAACGUCCGAAUCCCAUGGCCACCCAUCUUCAUCUACACUGCCAGAAGAGGAGGAGGAGGAGGAAGAGGAAGGCUAUUGUCCUCGAUGCCAGGAGCUGGAGCAGGAGGUUAUUUCACUGCAACAAGAAAAUGAAGAGCUCAGAAGGAAAUUAGAGAGCAUCCCAGGUAUCCUGCCAUAUUCCUUGCAAGACAGCUGCAACCCUUCUUUCUUUCACUUGUCUCAUCUGUCUGUCUGUAUCUCUGUACUCAUGUAUGUGUAUGUGUUAUACAAAAUUGUCUACUGCUGCUUAGACAGUACAGCUGCCAAGAAGGCACAGUCAACAGAAUCACAUAAGUGGCCUCUAUGGAGAAUUCAGAGAAUUCAUAGACAACCAAUC